CCCUCAUUAUCUCCCCCAGAAUGCUUCCAGUGUCUCUCAGCAAGUAGCGACAGCAAGUGUGGCCGCAAAGCCCGAGAUUCUGCUCGGCUGAGAGAUGCGCGCGUACGCGGUGGGUCGGACCAGAUGCUCUUUUUGCGCAAAGUCGCAGUGUGUCUUGGACACUCGAUUUUGUUAUUUGACCCUUUCCAGAGUAUCCCUCCGACACGAGGUCGAAGACAGGAGCGAAACGGCUUUUUCUUGGAGGGGCAGCGUCGCUCGACGUUGCCAUAUUGGAAGCAAGGAGAGGCACAGCCACGUAUUUCAGACGACCAGCCGCUAGGCGACUGAGUCACGGACGGUUGAGUGGGGGCUGCUAGCGAAGCUGGUGAACUCGGUCACACUCGAUCGCUGCGUAAGUUGUCAAGUGAGAGGCAAUAAAUGUUGCUCACUCUCUGCUCGGUUUAUCACAGAGAAAUCGACAAGAGCUUCUGCGUGUUUGACGAGCUUUUUCCCGUGGAUGGUCCUGCUGACCGCGUCAAUUAUCGACGCAGGGACCGUUCGGGUCGCUGGUUUCCGCGACAGAACACGCGCCGUUGCCAUUUACCGGAAUAUCGUAAUCUACACAAAGAAGUUCUCCCCCAUUUUCUCUUAUGACGAGUCGCGCCACCACGAAAGCUGAGGAGCUCAAGGUAACGGAACGAGCAGGUGAUAAUUACAGGCAAAACUUGCUGCUGCAUUUUUGCCGGUGCAUCGCGGGAAACAGGCGCUCAGCAUCGCGAGUCAGGGUCCUUUGGAGUCGAAUCGUUUUCCUUCCGACCGCGUGCGGUGGGAAUUUUAUUUCUCCUUUGGUUUCAAUUACCUGACCUGUUUGCUUGAAGUCUUGGAAUUCUCCAGUUUGUCUCUGACGAAAAACCUGUGGCUUUCUCCACAUCUGCGUCUCCCGAGUGUUCCGGCGCGCUGACGAUGCCGGCCGACUCCACAAAUCUGUUGCUUUGAGAAAAGGUACGCUUUGAUUCUUAGGCAAGCGAGGAACACAGGUCCUCUUUCUGCUUUCGUUUAGCACGGAGAAGAAGCCAACACAUCGCAGGACAUCCCGAAAGAUCGCGUCAUCUGUGUCUCUGGCGCCAAAGUCCGUUUCACGUAUGCUUCGGAACAGGCUUCGAUCUACCGUGUACCUCUCUUUUUGCUUCUUUUACAGCUUUGGCGUCCCCCUUCUUCGUGUUUUUUCCAUUGCCUCUUUUACGCCACCCCUUGCGGCGGCUCCAUUCUCCCGCCGCCACACUUCGAUUCCCCUUUCCCUGCUCUUUCAAAGAGUACCCCUGAGGGUGACAUCAGAAGACUGGAACUUGUUUUUCCCUCUUGUCCUUUCCAUUUGUAUCCCCCUUUUCGCAUUUCGUUCGUGUUUUAUCGGCCAUCUGGUGUCCCUCGUGCGUCCCUUCUGUUCGGCCGUCCUCAAUUUCCUGUAUAACUCCACCAGAACCCCUGUUCUGCAAGGAUUUUCGUUUUAUAUCAUCAGUUCUACAUAAGUGGCUGGUCAAAGCAGAGUUCUGUUUGAAACCACCUCACAGACUGAAACAGGGCUGGAUUCCUAAAUGGGUCUGCUGUGGAACAGCAGGUGGGCGUACACCGGAGUUUGACGCCUCAACUGGGACUCUCCUCCGUGCCCAGCAGCCACACACGUACAUGCGUGCGUCAGGUCUUGGGUUCUGUCUGUCGCAAAGCUUUCGUGUCUUCACCCUCGCACUUUCUUCUUCGUCCUUCAUCUUGUUUUGCUGCUCUGUUGUAUGUACAUCUGAGGCGAUUCCGAAAGGUCUUCCUGGUCACACUGUAAUCGACAUGCAUCGCCUACGUACCGAGAGUCCUUGAACACUGGUGGAUAAUGGAGAUGAAUCCCAGAAUCAGUUUGUGCGAUCGCUUCUCUUCGUUUUCUGUCCGUCGCAAGUUUCCCCCUGUGUCUCCCUGAGCUUCACGAGCAUCCCAAGCCGCCGAGAAGCGAUUUCUCUUCUGCGUCGAGGCGUCGAGGAUGGAAGACUCCCUCUGUUCUGCGGACGGAUCUUCUGCUCUUUAUUCCUCUUCGCGAUAUACUCACCCAGAUCCUGGUCACUUUCUCCCAUCAUCUUUCGUCGAGCCUCCGGCUGCUUCAAUGCGCCUCUCCAGCCCAGGCCCGCCUUCUGCGGGGGCACCUCCUGAGGUGUCUGUACACCUCAGAAACAGGGAGACGAAGGACGCGCGAGAUCGUCUCCUCGUUGAGAGCGGAACUACAUUGAGGAAUGCAGGGCCAAGGAACCACACGUUUUCGUGUGACGCUGAGAGUGUCCUCACGCGUCCUUCUUUCCCUCUCUCUUCUGCUGUGCGACCGUCACCUCGCCCUUCUUGCUGCAACUCCCCCUCUACAGACGAAGAAGAAGAGAAUGGAGAUAGCAUGCUUUUCAGUCUGUUAUACCGUGCUAGGAAGGCGUCCCGGGAGCACUCAAUUGCCACUCAGGUAUCUGGGCAGCGAUUUGCAGAAGGGCAUGCAGCCGCGGUUGCGUAUUUGUCUCGUCCCGCUCCUCCGGCGACAUUGAAUACCGGGGAUGCACACGCCAGCCAGAAGCGUUCCAUCUCUUCUGGCGCAUUCUUCUCACAUGCUUCGUUAACCGAACCUGUACGUACACCUCGUUUAGACGCGAAUGCCUUCUCGCUUCCCGCAAAGCCCGCUCGGAGAUCCCAGUCGGUCUGGCACGGUGGACGCUCCUUCUCGCGUAACGGAUGUCCCCCCUCGAAUAGCGCAGUGCUUCUUGCCUCUCCAGAGGCUUCAACUUCCUGUUCUGUACAGCCAAACAGACACAGAGAGACUCGCUGCUGCGACGCUGUCGACGAGCGGCGGAUGAGGGGAGGAACUCUCUCUCCAGAUCUCUCACCUCGCGCCGCCUCUCUCAGUUCCACGCAGGUCUCCUCUCCUUCUUAUUCCUCGCCGUCUUCUACUUCUUCUUCCUCUUCUUCGUUCUCGCCUUCCUUCUCUUCCUCCGUCUCCUCUUCGUCGCUGCGUACUUCUUCUUCGACGUCGGUCGCUCGUGCCGAAGAGUGCGGGAGAGUCGCUAGGAGAAUUCGUGGAGCGGAGAGGCGAGAGGAGCGAGCGGAGAGAGACACGGACGGUGUCGUCGAGUCUGCAGGUUCUUCUCGUCGGGGAGAGAAAUGGGAGAAAGUUCACAGUGUUCCGCCUCCGUCGUGUGUUCGACGCGAGCUUCGGAGGCGCGAAAUGAGCCGCGAUAAAGAGGAAGAGUCACGGAAAACAUUCGCGGAAAAAACGUUCGCCGAUACAAAUGGUUGGGCGCAAGCUGCAUAUUUAGGUGGACUGACACAUGAGAAAACAUCGCGAAACUCUUGGACAUCCGCCGACGCGGAGUCUUCCGACUCACGUUAUGCGGCUUCCCGCACUCACGCUUCUUCCUGCUCUUCUUCUUCCUCCUUCUCCUCUCCCUUUCCUCCCCUUUCUUCUUCUUCUUGUCGCUCUUCAGCUUCUUCUUCUUCCUUGUCAGCAGGUUCUGCUUCUUCUGCCGCUCGUCCUUCGAGAAUUUCUGCUUUUCCGGCUUCCUCUUCGAUUCGCUCUUCUCCUCUCUCUCCGAACACAGCUGCGAAGAAGACGGCUUCUGAAGGAGUGCUACCUUCUUCGGUGGGACCGGUGAAGGAGGAUGAAAAACGGGUCGUGCUGCGUCUCGGCGGCGGCCUCGUUGGCCUCUUUCGGGGAGAUUCCUCACCUGGGGGUUUGUCGUCUCUGUCGCCUUCCUCCUUCCAGAGUUCUUCCCCGCAGGGAGGUUCUCCUGCCUGUCGCACCUCUCCAUCUUGUGUCGCUCCAUCCCCCGUUUCCCUCUGUUGUUCUUCGCACGCAUCGACCUCAGGUGUCUCCUCUCUUGCUCACUCGCAAAAGAAGAACCAUCCCGCGACCCCACAGGUGUCUCUGGCUUCCCAACGACUGCCUGCCCGUGCCGGUUCUUCUUCAAGUAGCUCGUCUCCUUCCUCCCCACGAUCUUUAGACAAGGACCGGUCUUCUUCGUUGUCUCCUUUUUCUCUCUCUCCCCAGCCUUCUUCCUCUUCUCUCUCUUCUCUCUCUUCUCGGCCCUCUUCUCUCGCGACCCAUUCGUUUCUGCCUUCCAGUCCUUCGCUUUCUUCCCUGGAGACGAAGGAAGGCAGACGCCUGCAGUCUUCGCUCUCGUCGCUCUGUGAGACUUCUCCGGUUGGAUGUAUACCCCGGGACUCGGGCAUCUCUGCAGCUCGGCCCGCGUUUUGCGGGUCUCCGCAGGCUUCUGUUUGCGCAGCCGCCGCUCGGUCCGCGUUUUGCGGAUCUACCGCGCGUCCGCGCUUCGCAUGUGUGUCGGUGCAUGCAUUGGAGAAGCCGGAGGACGAUGACUUUCAACUUGUUCUCCCGCCCUCGCCUGCGGCCCUCCGCAGAGCUCAAGAGGAAGAGGGAGAUUCGUCUGAGGAAGAAGAUGACAGGCGUUCUUUGUUGGUGGAGGAGGAACGACGUCAGCAGAGCAAGCGGUCGAGCAUGCGCGAGAGACUCGGGAUCUUCAGACGCUCUUCUCGCCGAGGAAAUCCGGAGAACGACGGUCCCGACGGACACACUUCGAGCGGUGUCUCCAUUACGCUGGAUGAAGGCGGAGACAUGCGAAGAGUCUCUGCCGAAAAGGGAGACGAACGGGAACCGAGAAGUUUGCUGAGAGGCGUUGGAUCUACGGCAGGAAGGGACGAGAAGAGUCGCUUCCGCAAUAGAGGGCUGGAGUCUGAGAGCUGCAGAGAGCAGCUGCCGAGGAGAGACAGCGGCGAGGAGACGGGUGACGCUUCUUUUGUGUCUUUCCCCACGGGGGAGCAGAAGGCGCCGGAGGCAGAAGGCGCCCACCCAAGCAACCCGUUCAGCGAAGAUCUCCAGGAAGGAGUGAGAGAAGGGCCGCUCUUCUCUCAGGAGGUGCGAGUUAGAGAGGAGACGCAUGCAGACAAAGGGCAACGGACACCCGGAGGGAUCAGGUCGGCGCUGAAGCGGCCUGAGAGGAGCGACCCUAAACUCGACCUCGACGCCGCGCGUCUGCGCUCGAUUUCUUUCGGUCACGUUUCAGGACCUUUGGCCGCAGACGAGGAAGAUCGCAGCCUCGCGCAUGCGGCCUCGGAACAGAGAGAAGAAGCAGGAGAGAGUCGCGCGGCGGUGCUGCACAGACGGUCCACGGUGAGGUGGAAGGAUUCCCUGGAGGAGGGUGCGGAAGAGAGGAGGUCCGAGGAGAAAGAAGAGGAAAGUGAGAGCCGCAGAAGUGAAGAGGGAGAGGCGGCGAUUGCAGGCGCAGCUGCAGAGCGCGCAGGCGACAGGAGAGAUGUCAAACCUGGGGAAGAGACAAGUCGCGUCGUCGCUUUCAGAGACAGAAGAAAGUCUUCGUUCUUCAGCGCUGGAAGAGGACCUAGGAGCGACGACGAUGUCGACGAGCACCACGGAGACAGCCAAGGCUCCGGAGUCGAAAGAGGGAACGAACAGAGACACUCUGGGGGCGCUCCGGAGGUGUACAUACACCCGAGCAAAGGGGGAGACGGCGCGCUUGGCGCCAUCCCGUCUUCUCCCUCUUAUCUCUUCACUCAAGCUGCGACACUCCACGAGCUGCUGGAACUUCCGCCGGCGAAGUACUUUAAUCUCACUGCGGAGAUCCAGAGACAGAGAAGUCUUUUUCCACGACGCUGGGUGGAUGAGACGCUGCUAGUGCACCAGAGCCUCCUUCUCUUCUGUGCCUCGCUUCGACCGCUCUGUGUGAGAGUCAUGAUCCCUCUGUCAAAUGUGAAGUCUGUCGCGCCUCUGGACGAGAAUCUCCGCGAGCGAGAGAGAAAGAAGGCGACGAAACGCGGGUGGAGGCUCAAGAUUCUGCACACCGAGAACCCCCAGGGAGGACGGGGGAAACUCCAGGAGGUCGUAUGUCGCUUCAGACAAGAAAACGAGAUGCGCGAAUGGGCCGAGCGCCUCUCCCUGCUCGCUCACAAGUGGAGACAACGCCCUGCAGUUCCGGACUUCUUGUAUCGUCCACCGUGUCAGGCGCAGCUGGCGGAGGUGUCUCGAGACAUCCGCCGUGCGGCUUUGACUCUGCUUUCGCAGCGACUGUUCUUCGCAUGCUGCGAGGCUCGACGAGCGCAGUUUCGAUUCUUCUACUUCCAGCUGCGGGUGAACUCUCUUCAGAAGCAGCGGCGAGAAAGCGAGCAGAGCAUUCGCGCCGACGCUCGGCGCGCGUGUACGGCCGCGGCCCGGCGGGAAGGCGCAGUGCGGCUUCAGCUGCUGCUGGAGAAGAAGCUCCGGUCGUUCUUCGGGGACCUCAGUCAGCAGGCCGAGAGGACGCAUUUACGCAACCUGCACAGUCGUCGACUCGCAGUGGCUGUGGCCGUGAUCGAGAAGGAGGAGGAGGCGGUCGGGAGACAAAUUUCUCACUGGCGCAGGAAGUCGCUCGCGCUGAUUCUCUCCGCAGCCUUCCAUCGGCGCAUGCUGUGGGCGCUCACUCACCUCGACGUCGCGACCAAAUUGGAGGCGGCGAAGGCGAAGCAGAGAGGCGCCGGCGCAGCGUAUUUGGAGGAUGUUGUGCGGAGACUGCAACGCCGAAAUCUUCGUCUGGCUUUUCAGAGGCUCUGGAGAGCAAAGAAUGAGAAGAACGACGCAGAAAAGCUGCUGGGGCGCGUCGCGGAGCGUCUGCGACGGCGACGCCUCGCACGAGGGUGGCAACGGCUUGUGCAACAUUCCGUCGACUACGUGAGAUCUCGCGCGACCAAGUCGGACCAGGCCAAGGGGAAGGCGGUCGAACUGUGUCUCCUUUCAAUCGAGAAGAGACGCCUCGUUGCUGCUUUCUCCGCACUCAAACAGCGGGCCCUCGCCGCAAAAGAAGACGAGCGCAACGCUGUCUGCAGAAACAUGCAGCAGGUCAGCGAGGCGCUGCGCAUGACGGCCUUGCGGGUGCCGCAGCACCGUGGCUUCUUGGUGCUCGCUGCACUGGUAAAGAACGCGGAGCGGUUCUCUCUAGUCGCGUCCUUUUCAAUUUGGAAAAAUCUGCUUCGCCGAGGACGAAGCCGAGAGACCGCCCUCGUCCGCGUCGCGCGAAUUGUUGAAACAAAGGAAAAACGAAUGAAGGAACUUGGACUUUCAGCGUUUCUCCGCUCGGAGUGUGUCGCAAAGGAACGGCUCUGUCGAAAGAGAGCAGGCGCCUCUCUCCUGGCCGCAUGCCUCUCCUCGACUUCGCGUAGAAUCCUAGGAAUCGCGUGGAUGCGUCUGUCGCUCCACGGGGAAGAGCGUCCGGCAGAACGCGAGUUGAAGAGCCUCUUCGUUCUCGAAAAAAUCAGACGGCGGCGACUGCAGUUCUUCUUCACACAGAUGCAGCGCGAGGCAGCUUGCGGCCGAGAUCUGAGGGUCUUCCUCAGAAGCCACACCCUCCAUGCCUUCGUCCACCUCCUCGCGCUUCGACGGAUCAAGUUGCUCUCUGCAUGCUUUCAGAGACUCCGCAUGUUUUCGUCGUCUUCUGUUUCUGCGUCUCUCCACAAGCAGGACUCUGCGACCCGCGCCGCUGCUGUCGUCUCGCCUGCCGGCCAUCCUUGCGAACGAGAAGAAAACCUUCCUUUGCCGUCAGAGAUGCGAGAGGAGGCCGCGGCGGCUGUCGCUCGCCUCCAAGGCUUGCUUCGGCUUUCUGAGGAGUUGUUGGAGAGACAAGAAAAGUUGUUUUCUUCCAGCGACGACGACGAGGCCCCGUCCGUCGUCGUGACGCAGAACGCGCACUUCGCGAGUCUCUCGACUCCCGAUUGGAGGGGGGAGAGAACAGAGAUUUCAGACAGCGCAGAGACAGAGAAGGCCUUCGCUCUGCAGCAUGAGGAGACGCCUACUGGACAUGCAGGCGAGGAGAGGGUCGCGAGUGCACCGAAGAAGGAGGUGACGAGUACGCGAGGACAGCGCUUCUCUGCAGAGACUGUCGGCUCUGAAACCUCCGGGGAAGGACGCGAAGACAGAGUGAAUUGGGCGGACGAUUCUCCACCCUUUCUGCCCUCCCCGUACACAGGCUUCUUCUUGAGUGGAGCAGCUACCAGCAGGCCUACAACAGCCGGACUCUUCCCCGCUGUGGGGACGACGGCCUCUCCUCUGAAUUCCACGCACCCAGGCCGUCUUUCUUCGCCGACUUUCUCCGAGCCGGUCGUGCCUCUCUUUGCGGGCCCUGCCCCAGACUCCGUCUCUCUCGAACAAUGUCUUCUUCUUCCUCAGCGCAGUUUGCGGUUGGACGAAGAGCGCGAGAGAGCGUGGAAGUUCGACCCGGUGCCUGCAGCGCUUGCGUUUUCUCUCUCGCGUCCUGCAUCCCACCCGCGAAUGGGAGGUACGUUUCAAGAAGACGGAGAAAGCAGGCAGGUUGUACCUCCAUCUGGCGUUCUUUUCUUCGAAGACCGAGGACAGACAACGGCGCAUGCAGCGUUGCUAAGAGAGGAAAGGCGCUCUCGCGAACUCGACAGAGAAAUCGACGCCCUCGUACAACACUUGAAACAGAAGGCGGACGCGCCCCUCUCGAUGCCGGAAGCAACUCAACGCUCGACGAGAGUUCUCUCGCCAUUCAGUCCAGAGGCCUUCGUUCCUCCCUCCAGUCCUUCCUUCCAGGCUUCAACAAGUCCUGUCCCUUGGAAGUCUGCACCCUUCAGUUCUGCUUCGUUCAAACCUGACACAGUCUCUCGAUCCGCGCCUGAGAUCGUGACGCGCAUUUCUCCUGGAGCCUGGCGGCCUGCCCCCGGGAUCUCGGGUGUACCUACGCGUGGGGACGCGAACGAGUUGGACGUCUGUUCCACGUUCCGUUCCCUCUCGCCUUGUGCAGCGCAGUGCUCUCGUUUCUGUGGAUUUCUGACGGAGACAGGGACUGCGAAACAGUCUGGACACAAGCAGAAGGAGCACUCGCGAGCAGAUUGUUCGCGCCGCGUCGCGUCUGCGGCGUCGCGCGUUCGCUGUCGCCUUGCCCAGCCGAGUGUCGAUACACUCCACGCAGACGGUAAUGGUUCUUCCCCGGCGUCCGUCGACUGUCGCGGUGGUGGACCGCCUUCGGCUGGAUCGACCUUCGCGAGUUUUCCUGGGGCUCCAGAGACCCACAAGUUCGGAACGCUGUCCAGACAUCCGUGGAGCCUUGUUCCUGCAGGCAGGUGCUACGCGCCGCUGCAGGUCGAUGUAGAGAAGAGCGGGAGGAACUUCGCGAAACGACUUCCGUUCGUCGGAACUUCCGCGCAUGCAGUCGACGCAGACCCGGGGGGCUUGUCUCCAGGCGCUCCAAACCACAGAUUUGUCAGGCGCUAAAGAACUUCCCAGCUGCAGCCACAGAGGGAGAGGGGAACGAGAGAGCGAGGCGCGCUUCGGAGGAAGGAAGGCAUCGGCGAAAGCGAGUGGGGGAGAAGAGAGACAGAAGAGACGGAGACAAGCCUGGACGCGAAGAAGCGCAGACGAAGACUUUUGGCGAGAGGGGGUGUCGGGAGUUUCGGAUCACAGAGAGACAAUAGGGACGUUUUUUUGCGACUGUGUCUGCCCGUACUUUAGAUAAUCCGAGAAGGUCGAAGGAAAGAAGUGAAACCACGGAGGCUGUUGUCUCCAGUUUUCCUUCGUUGCCUUGUUCGCUUUCUCAACAGUGUCUCUGAAGAAGCGUCUUUGCUGCCUGUGUGUGAUUUUUCGAGGACGACUGGGUGGUUCCUUUCCUCUGAGAACAGUUGAACGUUAGUUUCUCAGAGAAAAGACAAAAUGUGAAGAAGGGGAGAAUGUUCUGCGUCUCCUCCUGUGGUUCUUCUUCUGCUCGUCUUCUGCGACUUCUUUCAGCUGUAGCCUUGUUCCUCCGCCAUCUCUCACGCGCUACAGCGAGCUGUUUACCUUUCUUUCCUGUCUGCCUAUAAGGCUGCACUGUGUGUGUGUCGCACUUCCCUUCCUUUGCUUCUCUUCUCUUUUCUUCUUUUUUCUUCUCUUCUCUCUCUGCUCCCCCCCUCUCACCUCUCCGACAAACAGUGGCUGCACCUUUCUCUCGAAAGUUGCCCGCCCAGCCUCACCCAGAACUCCGUGGCGUCACGAAGAAAGCAGUUUCCACAUUGAAAAAACGUUCAAAUCUUUCACACAGAGUGGAAGUCGCUGCUUCAGACGAUGCUGGAACCAAGCACGGGGAAAGUCGGAAGCUUGAUGGGUUCAAGGCAUAUCCGUCAAGAAAAGAAAUGCGUA